AGAUGAAAGCAGGCAAACAUGUUAAUCUAUUUAGUGAGUUUGUGAUUAUUACGCCAUUGUCGCUCGCGCGCCACCACCUCCAGAACGCUCGCGCUUCCUAAAACCGCGCGACGCGUGCGGCGUUGGCUUGCCAUAGACCAGGAGGCGGAGACGGACCUCCGUGUAGGUGUCGAGUGUUUUCUUUAACGCGCGGACGGACGCCGCAGCUGGAAACGCUUCGGACCUUUUCUGAUUGGUUGUCUCGGCCGUUUGGCGUCUUUUAACAGCAACGAAAACGCUGACGGACUGUAACGCACCUGCCGCGAUGGACAAAGAGUGAUCUAACACCGGUGCGUUCCUCUGCCGACAGCUGACUCUCAGUCGAAAGAUCCGCUGUUUUUUAACGUCGGGUGAAUGUUUAAAGCUUCCGGUUGCAGUUUGACGUUGAAGUGCACCAAAUGUGCCGUUUAUGGACUGCCAUGCAGGCCGACGGAACCGAGCCGUAGCUAACAGGCUCGUUUAAUUAUAGCAGCGCGUUUUUAUUUUGCUGUGGACAUCCAGCUGAAGGGUGGAGAUUAACCAGCCCUGUAGUGUAAAUAAUUAACCGUUUGUGGACCCGGAGUCCCGUUCCAGUAAGACCAGUUUGACGGCUGCCACUCAGCAGUCCUGUCUGUGGGUUCAAUGUUCCUGUAAAACCAAUAAGAGCAGGAAAAUGUGGGUCAUUCCCGAAGACGUGCUGCUGGCGGGAGCGUUAUGGAUCACCGAGAGAGCAAACCCGUACUUCAUCCUCCAGAGACGUAAGGGACACGGGGAUGGAGGCGGAGGACUGGCGGGUUUGCUGGUUGGGACCUUGGAUGUGGUUCUGGACUCGAGCGCUCGGAUGGCCCCUUACAGGAUCCUCUACCAGACUCCCGACUCUGUAGUCUACUGGAUUAUUGCUCAUGGGACGUCCCGUAAAGAGAUCACAGAGCACUGGGAGUGGCUGGAACACAACCUGCUGCAGACUCUCUCCAUCUUUGAGAAUGAGAAUGACAUCACCACCUUUGUCAAGGGAAAAGUGCAGGGAAUCAUCGCAGAGUACAACAAGAAUCAUGACGUCAAAGAGGAUGAUGACACGGACAAGUUCAAGGAGGCGAGCUCCAAGUUUCGUAAGCUGUUUGGGAUGCCUGAAGAGGAGAAGCUGGUCAACUAUUACUCUUGCAGCUACUGGAAGGGGAAGGUUCCCCGGCAGGGAUGGAUGUACCUCAGCAUCAACCACCUCUGCUUUUAUUCCUACUUACUGGGCAAAGAAGUCAAACUGGUGGUGCGCUGGGCUGAUAUCACCCAACUGGAGAAGAGCGCCACCCUCCUCCUGCCCGACGUAAUCAAGGUGAGCACGAGAGCCAAGGAGCACCUCUUCUCCGUCUUCCUGAACAUCAACGAGACCUUCAAGCUGGCAGAACAGCUGGCCAACAUCGCCAUGCGCCAGCUGCUGGACAACAAAGGCUUUGAACAGGACCGCUCGCUGCCCAAACUCAAAAAGAAAUCUCCACAGAAGGUGUCUGCACUGAAAAGAGAUCUGGAUGCGAGAGCAAAAAGCGAGCGCUACCGAGCCCUCUUCCGUCUGCCCAAAGAUGAGAAACUGGAUGGGCACACAGACUGCACCCUGUGGACCCCCUUUAACAAGAUGCACAUCCUGGGACAGAUGUUUGUUUCCACAAACUACAUCUGCUUCACCAGCAAGGAGGAGACGCUGUGUAGCCUCAUCAUUCCUCUGCGGGAGGUGACCAUCGUGGAGAAGGCAGACAGCUCCAAUGUGCUCCCCAGCCCACUCUCCAUCAGCACCAAGAACCGUAUGACCUUUCUGUUUGCCAACCUGAAAGACAGAGACUUCCUAGUGCAACGGAUCUCUGACUUCCUGCAGCAAACUACCUCCAAGAUCUACCUGGAAAGAGAACUCACAGGAAGCCUCAACAGCUCGGAAGACGAGGUUUACUCCCAGCAGGGGUCCCUGCUAUCCAGCAGUCUGCCACAGAGUUUGAGUUCAGAUGUUGAGCGAGCGUUCAACCUGAAUGACAACAGCGUUCCCACCGCCACGGAGGCUCUGAUGACCAUGUAUCGCCGGCGCUCACCUGAGGAGUUUAACCCCAAACUCGCGAAAGAGUUCCUGAAGGAGCAGGCAUGGAAGAACCACUUUACAGAGUACGGCGAGGGGGUGUGCAUGUACCGCACGGAGAAGACGAAGGAACUCGUUCUCAAAGGCAUUCCUGAAGGCAUGAGAGGAGAGCUGUGGCUGCUCUUCUCUGGGGCAGUUAAUGAGAUGACUACUCAUCCUGGAUACUACGAAGACCUGGUGGAGAAGUCCAUGGGCAAGUACAACUUGGCUACAGAGGAGAUUGAGCGGGACCUUCACCGUUCUCUGCCGGAGCAUCCAGCCUUUCAGAACGAGAUGGGCAUCGCCGCCCUGCGCCGAGUCUUAACCGCCUACGCGUUCAGAAACCCCAACAUCGGAUACUGUCAGGCUAUGAAUAUCGUGACAUCAGUGUUGCUGCUGUAUGCCAAAGAAGAGGAGGCGUUUUGGCUGCUGGUGGCUCUCUGUGAGAGGAUGCUGCCUGAUUACUACAACACAAGGGUCGUAGGAGCCCUCGUUGAUCAGGGAGUGUUCGAGGAGCUUGCCCGCGAGUACGUUCCCCAGCUGUACGACUGCAUGCAGGACCUCGGGGUCAUCUCCACCAUUUCUCUCUCCUGGUUUCUCACCCUUUUUCUGUCCGUCAUGCCAUUUGAGAGCGCGGUGGUGGUGAUGGACUGUUUCUUUUACGAUGGCAUCAAGGUCAUCUUUCAGUUGGCGCUCUCCGUGCUUCAUGCCAACAUCUACCAGCUGCUGGGCUGCAAGGAUGAUGGAGAGGCCAUGACUGCUCUGGGCCGGUACCUGGACAGUGUGACUAACAAGGACAGCACCCUUCCUCCCAUCCCCCACCUUCACUCUUUACUGACUGAUAAUGGAGACCCACAUCCAGAGGUUGACAUCUUCAAACUGGUCAGCAGCUCCUAUGAGAAAUUUGGCUCGAUUCGUGCCGAUGUGAUUGAGCAGAUGCGUUUCAAACAGAGACUGAGGGUCAUUCAGACUAUUGAAGACGCAACAAAGCGCAACGUGGUCCGAACUAUUGUGACAGAGACGGCGUUCAGUAUUGAUGAGCUAGAGGAGCUCUUUGUGCUCUUUAAAGCGGAGCACCUGACCAGCUGUUACUGGGGAGGCAGCAGCAACCCCACUGAGCGUCACGACCCCAGCCUGCCCUAUCUGGAGCAGUACCGCAUUGACGUGGAGCAGUUCAAAGGUCUGUUCAACCUGCUGUUCCCCUGGGCCAACGGAGUCCACUCAGACCCCUUGGCCCUGCGCUUCUUCAGACUCCUUGAUGAAAAUGGAGACGGCCUGAUCAACUUCCGGGAGUUCAUCAACGGCCUGGGAGUUCUGUGUCACGGGGACCUUACGGAAAAGCUGAAGCUCCUCUACAAAACGCACGUGCUGCCUGAGUUGACUCAGGAGCUGGAAGAGCCCGACUCGGCCUUCGAAGCCACCCAGUACUUCUUUGAAGACAUCACUCCAGAAACAUCCAUGGGCCGUGAUUCAAAGUGCCGAGGUGAGAAGGACGAUGGUUUCGUCAGAGUUACGUUCAAGACCGAAAAAGUGAAGAAGCUGAAAACUCCUGAUUACCACCAAUACCUGAAAAUGUGGAACCAGGAGUCGAAGCCAAACAGAGAAAACACGAAAGCCCUCCCAAAGCUGAACCAGAGCCAGUUCAUAGAGCUUUGCAAGACCCUCUACAGCAUGUUCAGUGAGGAUGUUGCAGAACAAGAACUCUAUCAUGCCACAGCAACAGUCACCAGUCUGCUGCUGGAAAUGGGAGAAGUGGGAAAGCUCUUUUCCUCCUUUGGCAGAAGGGAUCACAACCAGGAGGACAGAUCCGAGCCGGGCUUGUGCAGGAGAGCCACACCAGAGGCUCGGGAUCUGGGAGAUGUUUUCAUCCCAGCAGGUCCGGAGAACAAGUCGAGCUCCUGCGAGCAGGGUAAAAGGGUCGAGGGGAGCGAGGAGGAGCUGCCCCCCAUGCAGGACAUCAAGCUGGAGGACUCGUCCCCCAAAGACACGGGUACCUCAUCUGUCAUGCUCAUUUCAGACGACGACACGUCUGUGUCGUCCUACUCGGUGCUGAGCGCUGGCUCACAUGAGAUGGAUGAAAAGCUUCAGUGUGAGGACAUCUCGGACGACACGGUGCUGGUGCGCAGUAACAGUGGCUCCAACAGCAAGGGAAUCCACCGUCCUCGCAGCGCGGCGCUGCACGACAGGCGGCUGCCUCACAGCACCAGCAUCGACAAAGACUGGGCCAUCACAUUUGAGCAGUUCCUGGCCUCCGUCCUCACCGAGCACGCACUGGUGCUUUAUUUUGAAAAGCCAGUGGAUGUGGCUGCACUCAUUACUAAUGCCAAGAAUGUGAGCAAAGUUGGGCGCCCCCUGCUGUCCACCAGUGACUAUGAGAUCUCGACCUCUGGUUGAGAUUUGAGCUAAUGAAUGUUUUCCCGAGGUGUUGAGGAAAAUGUAAAUGUGGAAUGAUGUGACCAUAAUGUUUCUCCAGACUUUUGUUGUAUGAACCACUAGAAUCCGUCCAGUGAGGAAGUAACAGGACAUGUUAUGACCGAAGGGUGUCCAUGUAGUAGCUGUACCUUAUAAAACAUUAACGUGUAAUCUCUCGUACUCUAAGGUUAUUUCAACAUAAACGUCCACAGGCACGGCCCAGCUCCAGUGUGGGAUAGUGUAGUCUACGCCGCAUUUCAUCACCUUUCCUUAGAUCUGGUCAAACUGUUGCUUCAUAUACAUUUGCUGCUAUUUAAUCCUUUAAAUUAUUAUUUAAAGCAAAUUACAGAAAACUAUAACAAAAAUCUAUGAAAAUGUCAUGAGAUUAUUUUUAAGUAUCUAGUUCACUUUUUUCCAAUGUUUCACUUUCCCAGAGUAUUUAUUUUUUUCUUACUGAGUUUACUUUUUUUUACUCGGUAAAAACAGAAACCAACCAAUACAACAACAUUACUGAACCUUUUUAGGUCAUAAUUACACUAAAAUGUUUACAUGGCCUGCUUCCUUGCCUUGUUUCUGUUGUUUGCACUCCAAACUUUUUUUUAAACAUUUUUGCUCUUUAUAUUUUUAACUUGCUUUUUAAAGUUCCUCUUUUUGAAUGUAAAUAUGUUGAUUUUAACUGUCCAGGUGUUAUAACUCUGGAUUGCGGUGCAUUGUGUAUCACUUGUCUCAUUAAACUUGGUGCCAUUGAAUAA